AUGGAAAAAGCGAAGAUCCUUGAGAGAUGGCCAGAAUACAUAAGAGAACUUUGUGGUUCUGACAGACACGAGCAGUAUGAAACUGAAUUGAAUCUUGACAGAAUACUACAGAGUGAGGUCGAAUAUGCAAUUAGAAAGACAAAAGCAGGAAAGGCAGCAGGUCCAGACAACAACGUGGUUGAAAUGAUUGAAGCACUGGAAGAAUUUGGCAGCAGGGAAUUGACCAGCAUUCUUAAUAGAAUCUAUGACACUGGAUUUAUACUUGAAGACCUCUCUAAAACCAUCGGUCUCAUGAGCCAUGUCAUCAAGAUCCUUUUAAGGAUUCUCAUGCUCAAGGCCAGAAAAAGAAUGCAUGCAGAAAUCUCUGAAACUCAGUGUGGAUUUGUGGAAGACAACGGCAUAUCAAACGCAACAUACAUGCUAAGAACAAUCAUAGAAAGAUCGAGAGAGAUGCAACAAGACCUGUAUCUCUGCUUUAUAGACUACACGAAAGCAUUCGAUACUCUUAAGCAUGAAUUUAAAAUAGGUGGCAAAAAUAUCAAUAACAUCAGAUAUGCUGACGAUACAGCUCCUACAAAUAACAUGUACCACAGAACUUUUCGAAGACCCAAAGCAUUUGGCUUUCCCGUUUGA